CCCCCUGCUGGCCCUGGGCUCCACGCCACGUUUCAGUCUUUGAAACGUACAAAAGUCCUCAGACACAUCACAUUCAUUCUGGCAGUUCUAAGGUAGGCUGCAGGUGUAGCAUAGUUUACUUCCGAUUUCACAGGGGGGUGGAGCUGGCUAGGCAUCAACUUCCUGGAGACCGACCAUGACGCCAUGACAAUUCCUGAAGUCCCUUGGGUCUAUGAGAGGGCUAAUGCCUCUGGUUCAGUCCCAGGUUUCACAGGCUGUUACAUCCCUUCCAAGAGGUGAUUUUUUUCUUGGACACUUGUCAGUUAAUUUAUAUACUUUGCAGGGUCCUUUCUCACCUUUAAAGGUUAUAGAUCCUAGACUGCCUUAUGAUUGGGUAUUUCUCAUUCACACUUUCCAGUUCAUUCCAAUGAUUACAUAAGCUUGCUUACAUAAGCUCUGCUAGUCUAACAAAAGCCUAAUAUAAAUUGUUUUGCUUGACAUAACAAGAAAAUUAACAUAAAUUGUAGCUGAGAGAGCCAGAAUCAAGGGAAGGGAGAUGCAGGGGUAUGUGUCCAGCCAGCUAGACUCCAGUGGUUGGGGGAGGGGGUCAUGUCCAGCUGGCUACAACACGCACCCCUCAUCCGGAAUUAUCUCGUCUCACAAUAUACCUCAAACCUCUCAGCUCAUCCAUUUUAUGCCUCUUUUUCUGAAGACUUUCACUUGGUCGGCCAUCACUUCACCAGAUUCUAUUGCCUGAUGGUUCUUUAUUUCCUGGGCUUCAUUAUUCAUCUCCUCUUCGGUUAGGUCAGGCUUAAAUACCACAUUAGGAUCACAUUAGUAACUUUUACUUCAAAGGGAUCUGCAUAAUGUAAGUGACUCUUGGAGUAUUGUUUCAACCUCUUCUUUAUUUGAUCAGGCAUUACUAGCAGUGUCCCCUAGUCAAUGUGCUGGAACUAUCAUCACUGCCUCCUUUGGUUAUUAUGCUAAGCAUUCGCUUCACAAGAACCAGCUGAGAUACAGAAAGUACCUGAGUCCACGGGAGAGGUUCCUGACUGUGGAUCAUAAGAAGCACUGCCCUGCAGCCCAGUAUUAGAUGUCUAUCUCCAGAAGGGCAGGACAUAAGCACACAUUCCUCUCAUUGCCUACUACCCAUGUGUAACUUAGGUGGCCCCCACCUAGCAUGCUGGCUUUUGUACAUUCCAUUUUUAGGUGACUCUUCCUCCCCCAUUCACUGCUUUGGGAGUUGUGGUGUUAACUCAGAGUUUGUGGGUUGCAGUGAUUUUUCUAGCUGCUCAAGUCCUUUUGUGGAUCGAAGCCAUAGAGUCUUUCCCCUACACUCCUGGUUCAAAUUCACCACACUUGGGCUGUGAUCAAACAUCCAUGCCAUUGAGAGUGGCUAGGUGGCCUGGUUAAAAGUUUGUUGGUAUUUCAUCCUAAUUUUGGAUGAGUAUGUGUUUCACAAAACAAUCACCACCACCACUUUUGCUUUUCACUGGCAGAAUCAGUGGAGCAAAAACAUAAAUUACCUUUUGGCCCCUCAGCCUGGUUCUUUCACAACAUAGCUGAGAUACCUUGAAGGGGAUGUUUUCAAGGUAAUGUUUUUGCUAUUUUGUAGCCAAAGAGAGGACCUCAGUUCCCGCUAGCAGUGUUCUUUCACUCUUCACGAGCUAUCAAUUCCUUUAAAAAAAAACCAACAUCAAAAACUUUGCUAGAGAGUAGGAGGUUGGUCUGGUAACCUUGACUAAAAUGUCCCCUCUGUUGUUGUGCGGUUUGCUCUGUACUGUUUAAAACCUGUCCUUCAUUUUAGUAAUGCCCAUGUGUCAGUGGUGCUGUUGUAUAAUUUAAGUGGUCUAGAGUUUCUUAUAGGUUGAAAGGCACAGUUCUAUGGCCAGUCAGUGUGAAGUUGUUUAUGGCAUUCUAUUUAAUUCAAAUCAAAAUGGGAGAGAUGGAAGAUACAUAGUAUACAAUCUGUUUUCACUUUAAAUUGAGUUGCCAUGUUAUCGCCUGUCUGUACAUACAGUUUUUUCUUACACGUUCUAUGGCAAAUACAGCAGAUCAUUUCUUGGAAAUAUCCACCGCAGCCAAGAAGUUUGCAUGUAAUGCAUUGUCAUUUCUCUCCACUAGUCAAGAUUAUGUUCUGGUUAAGCUUGGAAAGCAAAUAGCUCUACAGGUACACAGCAAUGGCAUCUCAAGAACCAAUCAGACCUUGCAAAAUUAUGUUCACUGGAAUCAUUAGUUAACUGCAUAGUCUGGAAUGACAAAUUCAUCCAAAUAAAUUCAGCAAGCCAUAGGAUGUAGUUAAGCUUGUUUCUUAAACCUCCUACUCCAAAAUGUAAAGAAUGUUCUUCUCCCCUAAAGGGCAGGAAAACUCUUGACUUUAUGAAAUUACUAGGACAGUGUUUCUUAAACUUUUUAAGACCGAGGAACACCAAACAAUAUUUUUUUUCUCUGAGGAACACCAAGGAUUUUUUGUUGAGGAAAAAAAAUAGAUCAGGGGGGAAAAGGGUCAGAAGGAGAAGUUAUUAAGGAAAAAAAAGGGUCGGGGGAAAGUUAUUAAGCAAUAAAAAAGGUUGCCUGCCUCUUUAAGGGUGGCCAUUUUGAAUUCUGUUGUUCUCUGUGGCACACCUCCAACUGCCUCGCGGCACACUGGUGUGCCACGGAACACAGUUUAAGAAACACUGUACUAGCAUGUUCUUUGCAAGUAGGCAAUUUAAGAAGACUCCGUGUUUAGAAGUAGAACCACCAUAUGCAGUUUGGUUAGCAAGCAGCCCAUUGUCCACACAAUUUUCAACGUCUUGCAUGCAUAGCAGUCUUCAGGGGUGGUCUGUCUAAAAGAAAUCUAGUAUAAGUUCUGAAUGAGGUGAUGCUUUUAUUCUCUCUGUAAACGUAGUGACAUUUUCUCCAACAAACCUCCUCAGUAGGUAUUUUAAACAACCACUUUAAAGACCUCCAAGAUUUCCAGUACCAUGUUCUUCAGCAUUUAGUUAAACCAUCUGUAUUAGGCAACAGUUUUUGCUGAUCUCUGAGGAGGUUGCUUAAGGUAGUGUCAAAUUUAUUGCCAUUUCUCCCUUGAAAUCAAAUGUAUUCUUUGGUUGCUUAGCUUCCCACCAUCCUUUAUAAUAACUUAGCAUAUUUUGAUUAUUAAUUCAUUUUUUUCAUUGCAGUGCCUGAUUACUUUUUUCUUCCUCUAUAACCUUGUUUUCAUUUUCACAAAAACUUAUUUAGGUUGUUCGAUUUCUGGUGAAUCCACUAUAACCUUACUGUUGUUCGGAGAUCUAGUUAUUAUUAGACUGUUUACUCCUCAUUCUGAAGUUUAAUUAUGUUUUUCCGUCUGCCGUUGGUACAGGUGCAGCAAUUAGAUGGCAUUCAGUCUGUCUCAAGUUCAUUAAAUAGAUUUGUUAUUGCCAUCUUUUAUAUUUUAGGUGCUUUAAAUAAGUCACUCAUUUUUUAAUGGAUUGGAUUCAAGUUUGGUGUUCUUCUGCAUUGGUAGUACUGAGAAAUUUCUUGUUUUAGGUUUCCCCAAUAUCAUGAAUUAUCAGUCAGUUCAAUCCAAUCUACCCCUAACAUUAAAAAAGCCAGCUCUGACUAGAGGUGUUUGUGGCUGGUUUUUUUUAAGGUAGAUUUGCAUGUCCACAUGCAUACUCGUUCUCUCAUUCUCUGUGUUUUAGUAUAUAUUUUGAUGCAUAUACUUGCAUCUUCUAACUGUUCCCAUAUAACGGGAGCUAGCGGAAGUGGUUUAAUAGUCAGUUAAGAUGAAUGAACCUCAGCAAAGGGUGGUGGGGGAGAAGGGAACAGUUCCAAGAUUCCCAGGGCAAAACUGGUUAUAAGAAGUUGUUUGCGAAUGUACUGAUCUGGUUUCCUUGGCAACAACUGAGAUGAAGGUUGUGAACAGCAAUUGCAUUAAGAGAGAGCCAGUUCUGUCUAUGACAGUGAGGAAGAACUAGAAAUCUGUUAAUUCCUAGAUUUAGCAAAUGGGAGCCCUAUUUGGAGUGUAUGUGUAUCAGGGAGAAAGAGAGUAUAUGUAAUCAGUCCCUUAGGAUUUACAGGAAAAGUCUAUUCCAUGUGUAGACCUCUUCUGUGCCACUGCAGCACCAGCUCCCUCCAUCUUUGGACCUGAAGAGAGCUUUCUGAAGAAAUCUAGAUCCCCAUGUGGGGAGAGCAUGGACCAGGGCGGGGAAGCAGGUAGGCUAUGUUCACUCCCUGCGGCAAUGAGCUGAGGAUCUCCAGAGGAGUUAGUGCAGUCUGCGACUACAUUAACUGUUCAGCUGCUUCACUCUAUGCUGUGGCACAUGCGAUGCGUGACACUUGCAACUGCUUUUAGUGCAUCUUUAAAUUUCUACAGAUCUGGCUAGCUGCAAAGCUGCUGCCAUUUUCUGAUGCAGCAUAUUGCAGAGGAAAUGUGCAUCAUGCUCUCUCUUGGGGGAUCUUACUUUUGUUCCCUAUAUGUUUUGUUUCUGUUUAGGAAUUUGGAAUGGAUUCAGUGGGAAUAAGUAAAAAUUACUAUAGAGUACUUACUGGAGUGAAACCAGACUUAGAUAAUAUUUCAGUCCUGAUCAUGUAUGGAACUCACAGUAUAGAAAUUAAUGAAGCACUGUGAGUAGAGUCCAUUCAUAUUUGUUUUCUCUUGACUUUCGGAACAAAAACCAUAUAUACUUGAUUUAGUGCAUGAGGACUGAAGUGUAACAAAGUAAUUUUACCUGAGCACCCAAGUUUCAGUGGGCAGAUAUUCAAUCCUGCCAGAAAUAACAUUUGGUUUAGUAGUCAAACCUUGUAACAGUGACUAAUACAUUUUAUAUAUAAAAAUACAUUUUAUAUAUAAAAAUGUCAAAGUAUGUUUUCUUUACAACUUCCUGUGCUUUGCCAGUGUCCAGAAAACGUGUUCUGGUCCAUUGUUUGCAAGAGGACUGUUCACUGGCUACUGCAACAUAAAUCCAUCAAGUACAGGACAGGGGCACAAAAGCAUCUGCAAAUAUUUAAACAGCAAAUGACCUUGAAGAUUGAAGGGAUGUACAUAAUUCCAAGUAAUAGCUUGAAAUUAAGAAAAACUGAGGUUGGCUAACCCAAAAUAUUUCUUGACAGUGAGAUCUAUCAGGGAAGGAAAAAGUUCUGUCAGUUGAGAGACAGAAAAUUAGACUGAAUAAGGAACUAGAAAAUCAACUGUGGUCAAUAGUAGCUCUUCCAGGAGACAUGGGACUCUCUGACUGAAGUUCUACUGGUCAAUAUACACGUGGUUCAAGUCCCUUCUCUUGUGAUCUGAACGGGGAUCUGUUACAGCACAGGUUAAAGAUUCACCAAGCAAAUGUACUCGAAGAUGGCCUCAGCUCCAACAAAUCCUGAAGUUACUUGCUCUUUGCUAAGUAUUUGCUUUUGUUCAGCCCUCCUGAUAUCUGAAAAAUAUUUCCUGAAAGACAGACUUCUGUUUUAACCAUUAAACUACCAAAGUUAGCUGCAGAUCUAUCCAUAGCCUUUUUCUGGCAGCCAAAAUGAAAAAUGGCAACAACUGAAGAGUUAAAAGGAAGACUUUUUGGCUCUUCCUCCUCCCAGUUCAGGUCAGUCAGUGAUGGCAUGCAAUGACACUCACGUUGCUCUCAAUGAGAGUACCCCACCCAUAGGCUCCCAUUACACAGCUGUGCCUGUCCCACUCAGGAUAGUGUUGGUAAUAAUAAUGGUAUUCAUGAUCGCUAUUGGAUUUUUUGGUAAUGCCAUUGUCUGCCUCAUUGUCUACCAGAAGACAGCCAUGCGUUCAGCCAUCAAUCUGCUGCUAGCUACUUUGGCCUUUUCGGACAUCAUGCUGUCUUUGUUCUGCAUGCCUUUUACUGCCAUUACAGUUAUUACAGUGAACUGGAACUUUGGAGCGCACUUCUGCCGAAUAUCAGCUAUGCUCUAUUGGUUAUUUGUCUUGGAGGGAGUCUCUAUACUCUUGGUCAUUAGCGUGGACCGUUUCUUAAUCAUUGUUCAGCGGCAAGACAAGCUGAAUCCUCACCGUGCCAAAGUUAUUAUAGUCAUUUCAUGGGUACUGUCCUUUUGCAUUUCCUUUCCUUCAGUGAUUGGAUGGACAUUUGUGGAAGUGCCAGCCCGGGCCCCUCAAUGCGUUCUGGGGUACACUGAAUUACCUGCUGCCAGAGCAGUUGCUGUGACACUAGUUGUAGCAGUUUUCUUCAUUCCUUUCAGUGUCAUGCUGUAUUCUUACUUUUGCAUUCUAAAUACUGUGCGGCGCAAUGCCCUCAGGAUCCACAACCAUGCUGAGAGCCUUUGUUUGAGCCAGGUGAGCAAACUAGGCCUCAUAGGUCUACAGAAGCCUCAGCAGGUGAAUGUGGACAUGAGCUUCAAAACCAGAGCCUUCACUACAAUUCUCAUUCUGUUCAUUGGGUUUUCACUCUGCUGGCUUCCACACACCGUGUUCAGCUUGCUCUCUGUAUUUAGCAGACAGUUCUACUACAGCCCUUCUUUCUACAGCACCAGCACCUACAUCCUGUGGCUGAGUUACCUUAAGUCAGUAUUCAAUCCUGUCGUCUACUGUUGGAGAAUCAAGAAAUUUCGUGAAGCCUGUAUGGAGUUCAUGCCUAAAACAUUCAAGAUCCUCCCUAAAGUGCCUGGGCGAACAAAGAGGAGAAUACAGCCAAGUACAAUAUAUGUAUGUAGUGAGACACAGUCAGCUGUUUAGGAAGAAGUUACAGGGCCAAUGGGAAAAGUUAUGAAAGGAUUGGUUAAAGUAGGCAAUGGUUUAUUUCUAUUAUUUACUUUCUGCAGUUGUCAACUAUCUUCAAAAUGAUUCUAUGCUAGAUUGUUUGUGUGUUAUGAAUGCAUUUCUAACUUCUCCCAAGAUUACAAAUAACGUAGUACUGCUUCAAUUAAAACCACUUGGUGCA